AGAUGGCGGACUAGUUUGAAAAAAAAUUGCAGUUGUCACAUUCAAACCAGUUUUUCUUUAUAUUUAUAGACGGUCAGUGGGUUCAAUUACUCGCAAUUUAUAAAGUGUCGUAUUGGUGGAAGGCUUGAAAUACACCAGCCGUCAUAUACUUGACCCAAGGACGCGUACGUGCCAUAAGCUACAAUGACAUCAGCCGCCACGAGCCGCCUGGGCGGGACCACGACAUCCAGCUCAGCACGGGAGGCGCGGGAACUGUACGAACUGAAGCAGCAGGCCGUCAAGUUCUACCAGGACAACCACGUGCCACAGCGCAUGGAACAGGUUCUCAACGACAUGUUCUAUGAGAACCCAGAGGACAUCUAUGGCCAUCUAGCUGAAUAUUUCCAACAGUAUGCUAAACCACCAACAGUCAGCCAGGUCACUGUUCAAGAGGCAGCAGACUGUAGGGGACAACCUACCAUACAGGCAGAAAUCCAUGGAGUGGUCAACAAUAUAGACAAAGUACUCUGCACAGUUACUGUUCCCACCACCAACUGGGACACAACUGUUACAGAGGAAGAGGAGGCAGAGAAGGCGGAGUCAUUAAAGGUUGCCAUGGAGUACCUUGCUGGGCCAAUCACAGAAGCCCUGUCUGGUACAGAGGUAGCCAAUCAGAGGGAAGGAGACCAGAGAGUGAAGAGUUUCAUAGCAAAGAUUCUUGAACAGUUUGAAGAGGAGCUGAAAGCUAAGAAAGCAAAGGAGGAGGAGGAGUCUCCCAGAGCACCGACACCCAAAGCACCUUCAGAAAAGGGCGGCAAGGGGAAGAAGGGAAAAGGCAGUGCAACAAGUGUCAUUCUACCACCACAACCUAAGGAGGAGCUUCCUCGUGGUAUCCAGGCUGUGUGUGCAGCAUCGCUGGCCCUACUGGAGGCUGGGGCCCAGGCUAGCAGGCAGCCCCUGUACUCACAUGUAGCAGCACUCAGGACCGGAGAGGUGCCUAGCAAGCUGAGACUCCCCCUGCCAAUGGUGUGUGUGUAUCACGGUGGCAAGGCUGGACCAGGCAAGCUGAACUGUAUCAAAGAACUGCUCAUCAUGCCAAAACCAGGACUGCCAUUUAAAGAGGCCAUGAGAAUGCUGACCAACAUCCACAACCAGGUGGGAAAAGCGCUGGCAGCAAAAUCAGGGCCGACAGCGAGGAACACGACAGACCUGGGUGCGUACUGCCCGCAGUAUGACAAGCUGGAACAGCCGCUGGACCUGGUGCAGGAGGCGCUGGCUGCGCUGGAGCUGCAGGCGGGCGAGGAUGUCCACAUGGCCAUCAACUGUGCUGCACACGAGAUGUUCGAACUGGAAAAGGGCAAGUAUGAGGUGAUGACUGGAACUCAGAAGACCCCUGACGAUAUGGUGGACUUCUACAAUGACAUCCUGACCCGCUACCCGGGUGUCAUUGCACUCAUCGACCCCCUCAGGAAGCAGGAGAAGACAGCGUGGGUGAAACUGACAGAGGCAGUGAGUGAGAAGUGUUACCUGAUGGGUGACCAGGUGUGCCCACGGACUGAGAAGUUCCUGGUGCAGGGCAUGGAGGAGACCAGGAGCAGUGCAGCAGUCUUCUCCUUACACAGCCUCACCACUGUCAGCGAUGUCAUGGAUGCUGCCAAACUUGUCGUAGAUGGUGGUAGUGAGGUGGUGCUGGCUGCCUGUCAAGGUGACACAGCUGACACUACACUGGCAGAUCUGGCUGUUGGACUGGAGGUGAAGUUUGCCAAGUUUGGAGGGCUGGGGAGGGGGGAGAGAGUGGCCAAGUACAACCGACUGGCUCAGAUCGAGGCACAGCUGGCAGAUCAGGACAAACUGACACCUCAGGAGGAGCACAGGUUCCCCAACAUCCUCCCCCCUCCCCCACCUGAGGAGCCGGAGGGCGAGGCUGCUACCUGAGCUUUAUUGUCCUUCACUGUCAUCAUUUAUUGUCACACAUACAAGUCAUUUAGUUUACAGUGACCAAUGCACAGAAUCAGGUACAUGGAUGCCAAACUUGAAUAGUGUGGUUGGUUACAACAGAAACAUGGGAUUGCUCAUUAUACAGGCUACUUCAACGUGCCUUGGGACUUGCAACUGAGAAAGAAAUGUUAUCUUUUAGAUCAGGAAGCAAUUCCUGGAAGGAUCAUCAAAACAUAUUUGAUACUUAACAACACACAAUAGUGUACUUUAAAUUUGAAAAUACACUAAAAUAUAAAAUCUGUAUAUAUGCCCAAUCGGAGGAAAGUGGAUCUUAGUAUAGCUUGUAGAAAUGCACAGUCAUGUACUUGUUGCUGGUGCCUCUGAAUUACAUUGAAUUGUUAGACUACAUUGUACAUGUACAUGUAUGUUCAAAAGUAUGGGUUGGAUUGCUUUAGUGAAUUUGUAACACUUGUGAAAUAUUCUCUAGUAAAAUUGACAGCUAUGGAAAUACUGAUAUGGUGUACAAUUGAUAUUGUUUUGAAUAUUUUUAGAUACUGCUUAAGGAUGAAAUUUUCACUGUUUGGUGUAUGGUAAUGUUUUCAGACUUACUGGCACAGGCAAAAAGUAAGAAAAAUCCACAACUUUUUUGCAUUACCCUGUUAAUGUCACAAAUAGCACAAACUAACAAUCUCACACACUCACAGAUCAAAGUCACUCUCCUUUAUUACAGCUCCAGACCAUUUGGACUCACAAAGCCCACCAACACAUCAACAUGUAGUACACAGAUACAUGUAUAAUAGACUUGGUACAAUAAGCAGUAUAGAUACAAAACACUGCACUGGGUUCAUAAUGCAAGAACACUACUAUAUGACACUGAGAAAAUCUUGUAACUUUGACCUCCCUUGCAAAAAUAUGUGGAUGGAGUACUCAAAACCACACUGCUUUUAGAUUUUUCAGAAGAAAAGAGGAGACGCAGAUGAACAAAUUUGAUGUCUAUCACUGGAAACCCAAGUCACAUGCAAACUGAAGACCUACUAGGAAAAAGGGAUGUAGAUGGGAUAUAGGCUCAAAUGCCUUCAGAGAACAAAGAAAUGCUAAUUCCCUCUUCCUUUGCAAAGUAUGGCACACAUGUUGAAAGGAUCUACAGCACUUCUGAGGACUAAAACAUCCUGUCGUCUUUAGAUAUAACAUAACAUCCAGGUUCAUACCAGCUAACAACAGACUGUCAAUCUGCUAUAUCAGCUCAAGGACGUUUUACAAUUGAAACUUUAACAGGUUACGUCUAUUAGCUCCUAAUAGAACAGCAGGGUAAUUCACUCUGACAUAAUUUCUGGUACUGCUCCACUGAUGAAGUAUCAAUUUGUAAUGCAUACUCCACUUUUGAAUCAGUGUACUUCACUCAACCCCAUGGUCACAGGACUCUCAUUUUGCAGGCACUGGCAAAUUACGCCUUGAGACUUUUCACAGAGCAGGUUUGUCAGUACCAGCCAUAUGCUUGUAGACAUACAUGUAUCCGAUACCAGACAAAUAUUGGACAUAUUUCAUAACAAACAUACAGAAAUAGCAAUAUAGGUCACAGACUCUUUUGUAAUCACCUGGUGACCCCAGAAAAGAAAGUGUUAUAUAACUGUCGAUCUACCCUGCAGCUGUUUCUGGUGAGAAAGUGGUAAACCAGGACACAUACAGCUACCCUGAAAGGAGCACUAACAUGGGGAAGGGGUGGGUUAUUUUCUAUCACAAAGUAACAGCCUCCUCCUGACUUUAGUGUUCCUUUAGCCAAUAUUGGGCUGGCUCUCUACCUGGUUCGAUAUGUCAAUCAUUUCAAUCUGUAAGUGUGGUAUUCUAUGCAGAUAUGAACCUCUGUGCUUCGUACAAACAAGACUUGAAAAUAAAUAGGAAGUUGACUGUUACAGCGACAAAUUUUACUCUGGAUAGCAAGCUAUGAUUAGUUAUCAUGAUUUUCCUUAGAGUGGAACCUGAUGUAUAUACAAUUUUGUGAUAUACUUUACACAUCUAUAUAUUUACAGCAAGGUAAUGAUCAUCAAAAUUAUUUUUUUUUCUCCAAAAAGCUUUUUGCCAAGGAUAUUGGCUACCAAGCAGAUGUUUUGGGCCUACAUCUGCAUCAUUCCAAAUUUAAGUUUUACCCAAUAAGUAAUAGAUGAUUUUGUACAUAAGACACUUAAAAAGUCUGAGAUAAAGCCCUUUGCAUGUCAACUCUAUAUAUCAUACUGCACCUUUGCUGCUUAAAAACAACCAGUGACCAUUUUUGAUUGAAUUUUUUCUCUGUGAGAAAAAUCCAACAGAAACAUCUGAUAAUUCUGUUUGUGCUAUUCUGACAACUCUGCAGUCAACUCUUUCACCAUUGACUAAAUAUUGUAAAACCAAAAUAAAUUUGAUGAACUUGGAAGUUUUGCUUAUUGACUACACUGUAUACUCUUUCACUCACUCACUCUUUACUCUUAACAAUUAUUUAAAAGCAGCAAGUAUUAUGUCUCCAUUGUUAGCCAAUGCCAUUUCUAGGAUUUUACAUGUGGCCUUAAAUAUCAUACAUGAAUUGGGAUUUACCAGAAAACAUGCAUCUUUUAAAAAUUAAUGGCACACUUUUCCCCAUCAUAGUUUUUGUAUCCUCUAAAAUAGUCUAGAAGCUAUUGCACUAAGUCAAUAAUACUUAUUAUUAAAUUCAUUCCAAAUUAUACAUAAUAAUACAGGCAAUUAUAAAUUUACAGCAUUCAAACUAGCUAGGACUGGUUCUGCUAUAUUAGAUAAUGAAUCCUCAUUCCCUCCACUGGAACAGAUAUUUCAUGUUUUCCCAGUGACUAUUAGGGAACUGAAAUGGGCUUUUUUUUAAUGAGCGCUUUAAGCAGGAAGGACUCAGUUGAUGUAAGUAAGUCACAAGAAAUUCAACAAAAAUCAUUGAAGGAGGGAGCAAAAAUAUUGGUACAGACUGCACCAAGGUUUGCACUGGCCACUGCUUGUCCCUGGAUGAUGGCUUCGUUGUAGUGCCUCUU